UUUAGUGACAAAUAUAAAAUAAUAGACACUUGUUAUAAUAAGCCUAAAAAUACAGAGGUAGAUAAAGAACAAGUUAGAAAUCUCUUACUUUAAUUGCAAUCCCCUGAGAACCAAUAUUAACAGUUUAGUGUGUAUCUUUCUACAUCUGCCUCAGCAUUCUUAUGAACAUAUGCAAAUAUAUUUACAUAUACAGUGGGUGGUUGCUGGUUUUAUAAAAAUGUGAACAAAUGAAAUAUAUAACAUUUUUUUUCAUUUAACAAUAGAUUAGAAACAUUCCACCAGAUAAAUAUACAUAGAUUUACCUCAGAUUUUUAAAUCUAGAGUAUGAAUUUACUACCGUUUGUUCAACUGCUCCCCAAAUGAUGUACAUUCUGGCGAUUUUCAGGUUUUUGCCACCACCUAUCAUACUGCACUAAACACCCUUGUGACUGCAGACUGUUUUAAUUUUCUCAUCAUGGAUAGCUGAGCAUUGAAAUAUAACCUUUCAAAUGCCACUGCCUUCCCCUCAUCCUCCCUGUCUUUUGGAGAACGGAGCUGAAGGGAGACUGAAGAUGAGCUGUGAAAGCCGAUAAUUACUCCAUACAGCACAUGGCCAGCAGCCUCCUGCUACAAUAUUUACGUCCUAUUCCAUUGAGAUGGCACUCUCUGCUCACAUGACCCAAAUGCAGUUCUCACUCCAUCAGGAACACAGCCGAAUCCACACUGCAUUGGCAGCUUUGCACAUGCUCCGUCUGGCCCUGUGAAUCCUCACUCACCCAUUGAGAUUUCUUUGGGUUUAAAGCAACAUUCCAGCUGCAGAAGCUCCGUGACCUCCAGUGUUUUCCUGGUCCAGAUCCAAGGCAGGUGGCCCCCCACAAAUACUGUUUCUUAGGGUUUGAGCUUUUCUUUGUAUUUGUUUGGGGGUGGAGGAUGUAUAAUACUUACACACAAGUAUAGCUGAUGCAUGAGGCCAUAAGAAGUAACUCUUUUCCUGGCAGGUAUUACAGGAAUAACAUUCACCUACUUCCAUUAUUUGCCUUGACAACAACCUGCAGCUCUAAUGCAUGCUUCAUUCUCAAACGGAGGUCUUGGCAAAUGACGCUGUAUCUGACUUUUGUGUUGACUGUAACGUGUGAGAUGGUGUUUUCUCUUCUCUAGGGCCCUGGAUGCUUUUUGCCAUUCUGAUGGUAAAUGAUGAGACAGGCAACCAUGGAUUUCAGCACUCCAUCUGUCUUUGAUCAGCAAAAAGGUGACUCAUCAGAGGAAGUUGAUCUGACCAUGGUUUAUCAGGCAGCAUCUAAUGGAGAUGUCAAUGCUCUGACUUCAGUGAUUCGGGAAGACCCCUCCAUCCUAGAAUGCUGUGACAGUGAAGGAUGUACACCCUUGAUGCAUGCGGUUUCUGGGCGUCAAGUGGACACCGUGAAGCUGCUGUUGAAGAUGGGAGCCAAUAUUAACAUGCAGGAUGCAUAUGGCCGCACAAGUCUAUGCCUGGCGACCUAUCUGGGUUGGCUGGAAGGCUGUGUGAGUCUGCUCAGAAAUGGUGCCAAGCACAAUAUCCCAGAUAAAAAUGGCCGUCUGCCACUGCACGCCGCCACUGCUGAGCCCGAUGUGAGGCUCCUAACAGUUUUGGUGCAACAGUCAAAUCUCAGCGAGAUUAAUCACCAGGACAAUGAGGGGAUGACACCACUCCACUGGGCAGCUUUCCACAACCGGCCUCAACACACCCAAAUGCUGCUGAAGAAGGGGGCAAACCCCACCCUGGUGGAUAAAGACUUUAAAACAGCUCUCCACUGGGCAGUCCAGAGUGGAAAUAGAAUUCUGUGUUCCAUCAUUCUGAGCCAUCACCAGGGUCCAGCCAUAAUCAACUACGAUGAUGAGAGUGGGAAGACAUGUGUGCACAUCGCCGCGGCAGCAGGUUUCUGUGACAUUAUUAACGAACUGGCAAGAGUCCCUGAGUGUAACCUGCAGGCUCUGGAUGUGGACGACAGGACACCCCUGCACUGGGCCGCAGCUGCAGGGAAGGCAGACUGUGUGCAGUCACUGCUGGAGUUGGGCAUCGACAGCAACCUGCGCGACAUCAAUGAGAGCACGCCCCUGGCCUACGCCCUGUACUGCGGCCACACGGCCUGUGUCAAACUCCUCUCCCAAGAGAGCAGAACAGAGUCUGCUCAACCCCUUCCUUCCGAGAACGGUAGACCCCAGAAGAAGGAGGGUCGGUUCAGCAUGCUCAACCAAAUCUUCUGCAAGAACAAAAAAGAAGAGCAGAGAGCCUAUCAGAAGGAUCAUAGCAGGGACCGACUCAGUGGGGAGCACACCUUCGAAGUUGAUGACAUCAUCACCACCUUUGACAGCAUCGUGGAUACCAACUGCCAAGAACGGCCUGGUAAUCAGGUGGCUAUGGUCGACUUUAAGAAGAGGACCUCAGAGAAUUCAAAAUAUCUCUUGCCAGAAAAGAAGCCUUUGGCUCGGAAAGGGCUUCCACCAAUCAGAACGCAGAGUCUCCCACCCAUCACCAUGGGCAAUAACUUCCUAACAACCUCCCAGGGGGCCACUUCCCAUGUCGGCCUGAGCUCUGGUACUCAUCAUAUGGCCCAGCAAUCUCAGAAAAGUCGAAGUGAGCAGGAUUUAUUGAAUAACAGAACUGGCUGCCAGGCAUUGCCAGAUAACCCCUGGAAAGGUGAUUCUAAUCAGGUGCUCUACAAAACUGGGACUGUGUCUUCUUCUGAUAAGCUGCUAGACAGAUUGCUCGCCAGCAGGUCCAGUCACCAGGAGGUCUCAGGGCCACCACACCUUCCUUAUCUACAUAAUCCAUCAUCAGGACAAAGUUUUCAGCGUCUUUCCCCAAACAGACCCAAAAUCAGGGACCUUCCUUUCACCCGGAACAACCUAGCUCCUCUACCGGACCAAAAAUUUCUAUCAGGAGAACCUCUACGGACAAACCGAGUGCUUCCUGCUAUUCCAAGCCAACGGGGGCACAGCACACCAGCCAAGGAGAGCGCCAACUCUGCCGGUCCUACCAAGGAUGAAAAUUAACCAUGGGUCGCAGACUGCGGAAAUAUAUUUAAUCUAUAUUUUCACUGUCAAAGGAUGAGAUUACUCUGGUUUGUAAGAACAAAGACUAAUUUAGUAAAUUGCAUUCUAUAAGCCAUUCACAGUUUUAUAACUCAAAAUUCUGUAUUCCAAAUAAAGAUAUUGCCCAAAUAAGCACUUAGAAACUUUGUGCAUAUAUUGUAAGUUUGUGAGUUUCUGUGACCUCUACAUGCCAAAAUAAAAAGUCAAAACGUGUUAUCAGCAGGGAAA